AUGCCCGCGACAAAUGAGGCGGCCAAGACAGCACCACCACCUUCUUCCACAUCCGCCCCGCUCAGCAAAGCCGACCAGGACGAUCUCGCUGCGAUAGACAACGCGGUCGACCGCAUGCGAACACUCACACCCGCCGACCCUUAUGUCCUCACCAUCCCACAGGAUGUCGAGCCCCGCUACCACCAUGCCUACCAAUACCAGGCCAUGCAAUGGCUGAAUCAGACACCCUUUGAGUGGAAGGAGGGAGAGUAUACGCAAUAUCAGACUUUCAUCUAUCACGAACAUGGCAAGGAUAUGUAUGUGCUGCACAAUAGCGAGCCGCGGGAGGAGGAGGGGACGGCGACGUCUAAGGCCAAGGUUGGAGGAGCGAGUACGCCCAGUACUGGCGCGCCGAAGAAGAAGAUCAGUCUUGAUGCUUAUAAGAAAAGUAAGACUGGUGCGGGGACGCCGGCGCAGGCUGGUACACCUGGUCCGAAGGCAGCGACCGAGGGCAGACCUCAUGCUGCUGUCAAGGGACCGAUUGAGAGGGUGAAGGCUGAGACGGAUGAGGUCCUUGCUGCGGUUACCGAGCUGGAGGAAGUGCCUUUGCCUGAGUCGCAGCCUGUCAAGAAGGAGCUUAAGCGGAAGAGAGAGGAGCAUGGUGAUGUGGAGGGAAAGCAGAAAGGGAAGGAGGGAGACCAGUCACAGGUGGAGGACCAGCCUGCAGUCAAGAAGGCGCGAACGAGUUCUCCUCCACCAUCACAUUCACGGAAGGAGCCUGUUGCUGAGCGGAAUGCGAAGAGGCCAGCAACGCCGCCUGCACACUCGCAGAAGACAGGCCUACCUCCCAAGCUAUCGCCACCAAUGCUACCGCAAAUCCAAGCAAAGGACCUGCCACCAAAGCUAUCCCCAUUACGAGUGCCUGAUCUACCUCGUCGACUAUCCCCAACCAUCCCGGCAAACAUCGCAGCCACACUUAAAGCCCGCGACCAGCUCAAAGCGUCUUCCUCCUCGGAUCUAUCACUUCCAAGUUCGGCGAGCAAGAACGGCACUCUCACACCACCACCCAAUGGCGAAAUUCAAGCCAAGCGGAAAUCACCUGUGCCACGGAAUGCUUUUCGUGCGAGUUCGAGUUCGCCUGCUGUACGCACGGACGGUGAGGAGCGCGCCAAGCCUACAACCACGUCUGCACCACGAGACCAGACGCCAGAGCUAUCACAGUCGCAGGAGAUUGUCGUUGGCAACGCACUCGACACUCGACGUGGUUCCGGCAAGCCUUCACGAAUCGUCAGAAUGAAGUACAAGAAACAUCAGCGUGAAGGUAUUCGGCGCAUCUUGAAGAUGAGGCCAAAUCCUGCAAAGGACUACCCUGCAUCGCCACCAACUUCGACCAGUGCCGAACAGCCUACAAAGACGGCAGAGAAGAAGCCGGUCGGGCGGAAGGAUGUGAGUGGUAAGGGUGGGGCGCAGGAAGUCGGACCGCCUGCUAGAGGUACUGCUCAGAAAGUUGGACGUGUCGAGAGAGCAGGAGUAGAUGGUAAGCGCGGACUGGGUCAGGAGAGGGCGUUAGAGAACGCAGGCCCAGAAGUGGAGAGUACAGCUCUGAAUGGCGCGCGAUCGAAGCAGGACGCGGUGCAGUCUGCUACCAAGUAUGCAGAAGCAGAGGUGCCGAAGAAGGCAGCAGCGGUGAAGCCAACUCAUGCCGCAACGAAGGACGACACAUCAGUCGUCGCAGAAAAGCAACCCUUAACCAGGAAAGCAUCCCAGGAAGACUCGAUAGCCAAGUCCAAGGCACCCGAGAUGAAACGCUACGAACCUCCUGCAAGACGGAAGGAGUCAGCUAGCAAGUCAUCUGACGACACUGCAGCAGCGAAAGCGAAGCAAAAGCCAGAGCAACCAAAGAAAGCCAACGAGACUUCUCUCAAGCGCAAAGAGCCUCCCAAGACAUCGCCCGAUACCGAAGCCGAAGGUCCUCCAGCCAAGCGAAAAAAGAUCCCUGAAGCCAUCACAACUACCAAGGAGCCAAGCACACCCAUCCCGGCUGAUCUAUCUUCGCCCACCUUACUCAAGUCCCAGCAAGCCACCCCAUCAGUACGCAAAGAUAUGCUCUCGGCCGUAGCCAUGGUCCGCGAGCAGUCGAACGAGGGCAAUGCCAACACGCCACUAUCCGCCAAAUCGAGCACGCCCCUUGCGGCGAACGGCCAGACGUCGCAGCCUACCAGAGCGCCUUCGAGCCAAGCUAAGACACAGAAGCAGCAGGCAUGGGAGACGGAGCAGAAGCGACUUGAGAGGCUCGGUCGAGAGCUGAAGCAUGCUGCUUCGGCGCAUGUCAACAAGGCUAAGCUUGUUGCUUCUGGUGAUCAAAACGCCGUGCUAGAGCAGAGACUAGCGGCCAUCAAGGCCAUCGAGUCCCUUCUGGCAUACUUCCUAGCCUUCACCUCAGCGGACGAAGCGGCACUCGCCGCCGAACCCAAGCAGAGUCCAGCCAUCAGGAACUGGCAAUCCCUUCACGGAUUCUUCUCAUUUGUGAAACGGACGUGCGAAGUCGAGCCCGUUUUGGCGGGGUUGGCGAGUCAUCUGGGUGUGGUGUAUGCUGGACAUAUCCUCACUCUGAGCGCGGCUUAUGGUAAGACUUUGGGUGGGACGGAUAUGGGUGAAGUGGUGGGUGUCCUGGUGCGAGAGGCGAAGAUUACGGAGUUGAGGUUGGAUCUGGAUGCGGUUAUGCGAGUUUUCCCCUUGAGCUGGGCUGGACGGUUGAGGGUUGGGAUGCCGGGGACUGAGGACUUGGGGCCGGGGAGGUUCAAUGGGGGGUAUAAGAUGGGGUUUGGGGUGCAGAUGAGUCCGUUGGUGGCUGCUAGAGCUGGGUUUGGUAUGUUACGGGAGUGGAUCGACAGGAAGAAACUUGGUUGCGAGCUUCAAUUGCGACUUGAUGGAGAUGUUGCGUUGGAUGAGCAGCCAAGGAGGUCUGCGAUGUCGAGCCAGUAG